UUGUACGUCGGCGUGGUGGUUUGGCGCCAGCAAUUUCGCGGGGCAAGAAGAGCACACAAGGGAAGAAGGAAGCCAGAAAUAUUGACGAAAAUAAAACCUAAAGAACAUAGUUACAAACGCCACUAAGUGAACUGGACCGGUGGCCUUAAGUGGUUUUGAUGGUGUGUCUGUGUCGUUUCUGCUUCUUGCGUUUCAUCCUGAACUCCCGAGAUCUGGAUACAGUGGAGGGUGAACGCAGCUCUGCUUAAAUCUCACUGAGACUACUACCUCUCAUCCGCUCCCUGUUUUGUAAAGCCCUUGAGGAGGGGAGUAAUAAUGAUGGCGUCGGCGGAGCCUCCGAGCAGUUCCAGCCUUCUCCCCUUGCUGGAGUCUCUGGAGGACAGCGCUGCUGGACAGUCUGAGCAGACGGACGCCUACCUCACCAUCGCCAAUCGGCUCAGUGGAGAGGAAGGCCAGCAGUUUCUCCCUGCAGUUGAAAAGCACUUUUCUCGUUUGGGUAAAGCCAUCUUGGUUCACAUAACUAGUCCGAAUGCAGAGCUGAGCCAAGCUGCCCUGCAAGCUUUAGGGUUUUGUUUGUACCAUUCUCGCGUUGUCUCUGGAGUGCCUGAAACCUUUGCAUCAGAAAUACUAUCGGCACUUAGCUCCCAGGUGGUGAAGUCUGCAGAUAAAAACACAUGCACCAGAGCAUUAUGGGUCAUUUCCAAACAGAGCUUCCCUCCAGAUGUGGUUGGCAAAAAAGUGUCGUCUAUACUGGAAACACUGGAGAGUGUGUGUAGCAGAGAGGACAUCCAGUCUGUGGUGAUGGAACAUGAGGCCUUAAAUGUCGUCAUCAGGAUGCUGGAGCAAGCGCCGGCCCAGAUGGGUGAAGGAGCGCUGCGGUGGGCGAAGCUCGUCAUCCCGCUGGUGGUCCACUCGGCCUCCAAGGUGCGACUACGGGCCGCGGCAGCCAUGGAGUUGGGCAUGCCUCUUCUCCUGGAAAAACAGAUGGAGGUGGCUGGAAUCAUCGAGCCGAUGAUGUCCUCAAAACUGAUCCCAGAGCUCCAGAAACUUUUCAUGUCCAAGAAUGAAACCAAUGUCCUGAAGCUCUGGCCCUUAUUUGUGAAACUGCUCGGGAAGUUGCUGCACAGAGGAGGUCCCUUCAUCAACUCUCUGCUGCAUCUGGAGGAACUUGGUUUCCGCAGCUCUUCUCCCACCAUCAAGAAGAUCGCCUUCAUUGCCUGGAAGAGCCUCAUAGAUAACUUUGCCCUCAAUCCAGCCAUCCUAUGCAGUGCCAAACGUGUGAAGCUCCUGAUGCAGCCGCUCGCAUCCAUCAAUGUCAGGACGGAGGCCCUGAUGCUCACCAAGGUGGAGGUCUGGUGGUACCUGGUGGUCCAACUCGGUCCCAACCUGUCACCCAUUUUUGAUCAGGUUUCUGUUCCUCUGCUACAGUGCACUAUUGGAUCCGACUCCUCAGUUCCAGUCACCCCUUCUAGAACUGUCAGUCAAAAUGGUGCUGUUGCACCUGGCACACCAAAGACUAGCACUUCAGUCUUGAACAGCUUCAGCAACCCUGCCAAUACGUCUCGGAUGAACCUGAACUCUAGCGUCCAGAUCCCCUCCACCUUCCCCUCCAUCCAGCUGCUGGGCCUGGAGAUGUUGCUUCACUAUUUUCUGGGACCAGAGGUUCUUGCCACAGCAGCAAAGAAAAAACUCCCCCUCAGUCUUGAGCCCUUGAACCACCCACUCCUCUCCGGCGCUUCCGCUUUCACUAAACAUGCUGCUGUGCUCAUCUCGAACGUCAGAGAUGGAUUCAUCAACAUUGGCAAAGACGCUCCAGAUUCUCUUUUGGCUGUCAUAUGGACAAGCCUUGUCCGGUUUGUCAACCUAACUAUAGAGUCUGUAGGCAGUAAGAAGGAUCGUCAGGGCAGUGAAGUUUUGACACUGAUUCUUCAGGCUCUGCAGAGCAUCGUCACCUCAGAAGCUCUGCCUGCUGACAAAGUCCUGAUUCUGUUUGAGGCCACGGUGAAAGGUAUUCCCCAGAGAGUUCUUGGCUCUGCUUCCUAUCAAGUGGGCAAGAUGGAUGUGCUGAAUGGAACGCCAGCUCUGUUCCUCAUUCUUCUCCUCUACAACGGCAACGUGCUCUCAGCCUACAUAGAGGACGAGAGGUUUUUUCACUGCCUUCAAACGCUGGUGGGCUGCGGUCUGUCAGGCCCCACUUCCCCUCUGGCGUUUGGGGAGGCGGUGCUGGGUGCCAUCAGACGCAGCGCUGGGUCUGUGCAGAACAAGGAGCAGCUGUGGAGGAUGUGGAGCGUGAUGGUCAGCCCCCUUACCGACACCAUCACACAGUCUAAUGAAGUCAACCAAGGUGACGCUCUGGAGCACAACUUCAGUGCCAUGCACUCUGCCUUGUUGUUCCCCAUCACACACCUACUAAAUGGCACACCACUACAGCAGGCGCCCCAGAAGUCGAUGCUUUCUUCGUGGUCCAAACUGUACAAAGUGUUCGCCCGCUGCUCUGCGCUGGUGGUCACAGCUGAGGAGAACAUCUGCUGCGAGGAGCUCUGUGCAAAGAUGGCGGCUGCAAUAGACAGAGAUGCCCUAAUGGUUCCUUCAACAUUGCAUGCCGUUGCAAGCAUCCUCCAAGUCAUUGUUGAGUGUGUGGACUUCUCGCCGUACACGCCACAAUUUCAGCAGAAGCUGAAGUCUCCUCACACUCCAGUAAACUGGAUGAAAAAGAGGAAUAAGGUCCUGGGGAAUCUGUCCACCUUCCAGUCCUUACUGGUACAGUGUCUAGAGGUUUAUCUGGAGGGCCCUGAGGCUUCCUCUGACGCCACAGGACUGGCCCUGGUCUCCAUCCUGUCUGCUCUCUUCACCAACCUCUCUCUCGCCAACACUGUCAAAGAAGCUCUGAGUUCGCUGAUUCAACCUCUCACCCUCUUCUACAAACAAGCAGCCAGUGAGCCGCCCAAAUUCUUCUCACAGCUUCUGGGAAAGCUGGAGAAGCUUCUCUGUGAGAUUCUCGGCUGCCUUCAGACCCGCUCUACUCUGCCGUACGACGACGAACUCCUGGCUCUACUUUGCCCUUUGCUUUGCGUGUCGUUUCCUCACAAGAACAAGCAUCUCCGCACCUCUGUCGCUCAAUUCUGGAACUCCACUUUCGGCAACUCAGCCACUCUCACGUACCCCGAUGAGAUCAGACCAAUAUUGAGCCAAGUGAAGCAGAAGACCCCGAUCAUUCUUCCCGGCUUUGAGGUUGUCUGUGUUUCUGAUGACCUCAGUGGACCGUAUUCAAGCGAGAGUUCCCAGUUGGAGACCAAUCUCAGUGGGAUGCCAGUUUCAUCUGUGGGGAAGAGGGACUCACUGCUGGGAAAGGCUGCUGAGCUGAAGGACAGGAGCACUGGGAAAACCUCUAAACCGGUUUCUACAAAGCUGGACUUUGGCUCUCCCAAGCCUCCCCGCAGAGGAGUUUUGGAGGAAGAGGCCUCCAUCGACUUUGUCUUCAUUCCUCCUGAGACGAAGGAGCGAGUUCUGACGGAGCACCAGAAGGAAGUGAAGAGGACUAAAAGGGUUGACAUCCCUGCCAUGUACAACAACCUUGAUGCUUCUCUGGAUACAACAGCUUUCACUCAGUACACACAGAGCCAAGAAGACUCUUUGGACAAACUGGCAACUGAACAAGCUGACAAGGUUACCAAAGAGGCUCCUGGCAAGGUUCCUCAGGAAGAUGUGGAAAAAGAGGACACUGAAAUUCUAAUAGAAGACACUCAAGACUUUACCGGCCCAAAAGCAGUAGAGAACAUACCAGAAAACCACAAACCGGAAGAGGUGAUACCUGAGUCAGCAGAUGUUUCUAUAGAGGAUUAUGUUGAGAGUGAUGAUAAAGCAGAAGACUUGGACAUGCAGUCUAAAGAAGGCACAAGUCCUAACAUCUCUAGUUCUUCAGAUUUGGUAUCGGGGACUCCCCAGAAACCCAACAGUCGCCGUCAGUCCUUUAUCACCCUGGAGAAGUAUGCUGAGGGAAAACCUGCCAGUCCCAGCAGUGCGUCCACAUUCACAGGUCUCCUAAAGACCUCAAAUAGCCAAGAAUGCUCUAAGAUCAACAAGAAGUCUUUCUCUCAGGCCUCCCUGACAUCGACUGGUUCUAUUUCUCAGGAUUCCCAGUCCUCCAGGACAGGAAAGACGGACUCGCAGUGUCCUGUGAACAAUGCUCUUGAGUCCCCUGUAAGGCCAAAAGACUCUGGGACGAAAAGUGGGCCAGUAAGGCUGAUUGAGAGACUGCCCAGUGACCCAACAGAGGACAAAGACGUUAUCCCUGACACCCAGACUGAAGUGGAGGACAAAGAAGGUACAAAAGUGGCUUCCUUAUCGGAGGAAAUGAAACCUUCAAGCCAGGACGAGGAAUCUGAACCGACUCUGGAUGAUUCUCACUCUUCUGGGACUUCUCCAGGUGAACCCAGACGCUCAGGACGCUACAGGGUCCGACCUCUGCUGCCUGGAGAGGACCCCGAGGAACGGGAAGAGAAAUACACGCCGUUGAAAAGGAGACGUUCCGGAGAGGAAUCCAAAAGUGAUUCUCCAAAGCUGAGCUCAAUGCAAAACAGACCAAACACAAGAGGUAAGCAGGCUGCUGAAGAGGACAGUGGCAGAGACAGAUUACGAACGAGGGCCCAGAGGGACAAGAGGGAGUCAAGCCAAACCAACUCUCAGGGUAGAGCACCCAAGAAGAUGAAACUGUUCAGAAAUUCUGAGAACUUCCUUGAUAAACCUGAACCCAAAAGGAGAUGCACCAGAGAGGAUGAGUCCAGCCAAACUGACUCGCAGUCUGAUUUUGAAAGCCAGUCACAGGGUAGACAAAGACGGCAGAGCAAAGCAUCAUUGGAAAUCAAGGAGGAGGGUGGAAUGAAGAAAAAGGUUUUGCCUGAAAAAGAAGAGUCCCUCCAAACUGACCCACAUGAGCUUAAGAUUGUAGAACUGGCAGAAAAGGAUGCUGAUAAGCCAAAGAGAGAUUCUCAAAUGAUCACUCCUUCCCCUCAAACUGGUGGCAAAUCCCAAGAGUUUGAGAUUGUGGAACAGACUGAAAAAGAUGGUGAUAAGCCAAGGAAAGAUUCUCAAACUGUUACUACUUCUCCUCAAAUUGGUGACCAAUCCCAAGAACUUAUAGAAAAGACCAACAAGGAAAAGAGAGAUUCUCAGAUAGUCACUACUUCUACAACUAAUAAAGAAUCCCAAGAUGGAACAAGCACCACAAACAAGUUGGUGAAUGACUCUGAGGUAAAAGACAAACUCAAGACAAGUGAAAUCACAGAUGACAACCUGAGUCAAGAGGACUCUCAAGGGAUCACACCCUCGUCCUCUGACAGCCAGCCUCGGCGUAGAUCCAGAAGAAGCAAGGCUGCGGAGUCUGAAGAUAAAAGUGAAAAUAAGAAUUCAUUAGAAAGGCAGACUAGGUCCAAUUCUCAGCUAGCAUUGUCAGCUGUCGGUCAGUCAGAGGCCAGCAUUGGAGGUAGGACCAGAAGGAGCAAGGUACAAGAGGAGCAGUCAAAGUCAAGUCCUAGCUCAACCCCAGAGAGUUCUCAGUCAUUAGAUAGUGCAGGAUCCAUAAAUUCUUCCCGAGGCAGGGGCAAAUACCCACGAAGAAGAUCUUCUCAGGUGUUAGCCAGUAAAGAGUCUUCCGAGUCUGAAUCCUCCGAGGCCAAAGAAAGUCCCCCAAUUCCCAAAAAGAGAGGACGAAAACCUCGAGCAUCUCUUCCAAGUCCUCUCACCCUUGAAUCCGGAAACAAAAUUAAUAACGAUAUAGUUAUAGUAAGUGAUUCACAAAGCGUAGAAGCUAAAUCUGAUUUAGAGGAUUCCCAGGAAUCUCAAGAUUCGCAGUGUUCUGAAUUACUUCAGGUUACACACAACGUUAAGGGGCAAAGUAAUGCAGAAUCUCCAAUGAAGGUGGAGGUUGAUGCUGUUGUAGAGAAAGCUGAAACGGACAACACAAAGAAUAGUGAAUCGCUCGGUGUGUCACCUCACAACGAGCAAACUCAAAAGGAGUCGAACAUCGAUAAUGCUUCCUCACAGGAAGCUGACGCUAAGGACGUGCCGUCCGCUGAAAUGAUUGAAUCAGUUGCGAUCAGUACAGAACCAACUCGGCAAGAGUUGCCCUGUGACCCUGUGUCUGUGUUAUCUGCUGUGGACACAGUGGCGCCCCCUGAUGAGACACCAGAGAAACUGCAGGCCUCAGAGUCUUCUCAGGAGAACGUAGAGAAACUGCAGGCCUCAGAGUCUUCUCAGGAGAAUGUAGAGAAACUGCAGGCCUCAGAGUCUUCUCAGGAGAAUGUAGAGAAACUGCAGGCCUCAGAGUCUUCUCAGGAGAAUGUAGAGAAACUGCAGACCUCAGAGUCUUCUCAGGAGAACGUAGAGAAACUCCAGGCCUCAGAGUCUUCACAGGAGAAUGAUGUAGAAGUGUCUGAGCCGGUUGACAAUGUUACAGAAAAACAAGAAGAUGAUUUAAAUUCAAACAAAGAACACCCAGUUGUUCCAGUGGAGGAUACAGCUGAAGACAUUCACAGUACCACUUUGGGACAGAACCAGAUGGAGUGUCCAAAUGUCAUUGAUCAUUUUUCAAAGGACAAGAAACCGUCUGCCUCCAGCGAACAAGGCGAAUCAACACACCAGCACUCAGAGGCUAGUGCCGGUGAGGACAUCACACCUCUACAGGAGAGCGAUAAAGACGGUAACACUCAGAUUGUGGACCGUCAGGAUGAAGAGGAAACUCAGACCGCCAACACUGAGAACGAUGUAGCCGCAAAUUUGGACGCUGCACAGGAUGGUGUUUGCAAUGCUUCAGUGUUAUCAGAAUCGACAAACGAUGUUUUCCUGGAUUCUCCGGCGAAGCAGAAAGAUCUGGAGGCUUUAAUGGGGGCGGAAGGCGGCCAAAGCCCCAGCAGUGGCAGGAACCGAGGAACCUGGUCUCCUUCAGCCUCCCCAUCGACCAGUAUUCUUAAGAAGGGCCUGAAGAGACCACUAGAAGAGGAGAGUCCCUCUCCUCUUGUCAAAUCCAGGCGUGUGUCUUUUGCUGAUCCAAUCCAACGUCAGGAAAUGGCAGACGACAUCGAUCGUCGCAGCCCUGCUAUCAGAACCAGCUCCCCCAGAAGAUCCAAAGUUAGCGCCAUACCACAGCCUAAGUACGUCACUACUCCAACAAAGGGUCUGCUGAUUCUGAGUCCCAGAAAUCUGCACAGUCCAGGUUACAAGAGCUCCAAGAAAUGCCUGAUUUCCGAAAUGAGCCAAGAGCAGCGGCCUCCAGUCUCCAAAGACUGUAUCUACCCGGCCCUGGUUGGCUGCUCCACACCUGUAGAAGCCGUGCUGCCUCAGAUAUCCUCCAACAUGUGGUCUCGUGGUUUUGGGCAGCUUGUUCGAGCCAGAAACAUCAAAACUGUCGGUGACCUCAGUGCUCUCACUCCCAGUGAAAUCAAGACUUUGCCAAUUCGCUCCCCCAAGAUCUCAAAUGUCAAAAAGGCACUUAAAAACUAUGAACAACAGCGUAAAGGACGAGGUGGCGAUGAGUUGAAGAGUUUGGAUGAAAUGGAGAUGACGACCUCUGAACUGGAGACCAGUGGUCCUCAAAACCUGGAUGAGGAGGAUAAGACCUCAGGAGAGACACUAGCAACAGCACUGGUGGACGAGCCCGUUCUCGCAGCUGGGAGGCCGGAGCUAGACGGCCUCGGGGAUCAGACAUCUGACCCACCGGCCGGAGAACAGAGACCUGGAGGGCAGCCGCACCCUGAAGAGCUGCUGUCGGACGUGGAGGCCCUGACCGACCGGAUGACGCACGUUGAACUCAGCCGCUGCUCCCCGCGGCAGCUCGUUCAGAUCCACGAUCAGUUAGGAGGCGUGAUGAGGCGCUUGGUCGUCGAGCUGCAGACACGCCUCUGCCAGACCGAUGGUAAACCCUGAAGAGACUCCACCUGGAUCAGACGGAUGCGUAGCUGUUGAAAUGGCACAUAAAAGAACUAUUCAAGAGGAAUCUGCAACAAAAGAUAACAUGAUCUUCUAUCCUAGAUAUCUUAAAUCAACAGAUUAUAUGGUUUUAACUCACAAUGCCUUGGCCUUGUCUCACCUUAGAUAUUUUUUUUCUUUGCUUAGUGUUUUUUGUUUUGUUUUUUUAAAUAAAUACUAGCAGCACUUUUUUUCCAUUUUUUAGCUUAAGCUGUUGGAUAGUUUAUAUGGUUUUAAAGAAACACUCAAAGGGAAGCACAGUCACACCUUUUUUUUAACAGUUGUAGUCUCUACAUGGAUGGUAUCUAAAGACAUUGUAAUAAAGGACUGAAGACAAAUAUCUCUCUACACACACUGUUCCAAUAUGUUGUACAUAUGCUUUCUCUCAUGGCAUUUAAAUCCUUUAUGUGCCUAUUUUAGGCUGUUUACAAUUCAACUUAUUAGUACUCCUGUAUAUUUUGUACGUUUUUCUUAGUUUGUAAGCCUUUUCUGUCACUUCAGUUUUAGUGCAUUUUUAAAGUCAUGAAGCAUACUGUAGAUGGUAUUCUGCACUUCAGUUUAUCUGUGGUUUUAAAUGCUUAAAUAAAAGACAGAACUUUAUAAUG